AGUUCCAUCUCUAGUUUUCAAGCCAAAAAUGGCGAAGUUUUCAUUCUGAAUUCGUACUGACAGCAAUCGGAAUUAGUGAAAAGUGCUCGAUUUGAACGGAACGGAGCUAAAGCUAAUCCGUCGGAUUUAGUGAAAGCGCAGACGAGCGGUAACAGCCAAAUCAAUCCAGUGGUUACGGUAUGUGGGGCCAUUGGCAAACCGCCGCCGUAGCGGCUCCCACUGCCGCCCCUCCUCCGCAACCGUCGGUUCCGCCGCCUCUACCGAACGCCCCGCCCCCUCCGCCUCCCUCGGACGCGUCCGCCGGAGCACCCCCAUCCGCUCAGCCGGCUGCAACCGGAGCAACUGCACCAGCGACUGCUGCAGCCACAUCUGCUGCAUUCAACCCCUAUAGCAGCGGCCAGGCGACGGGGGCCGGCAACCCCUAUGAACAGUAUACGGCCGCCCAGUAUGCGGCCAUGACCCCCGAGCAGCAGUACGCCCUGCAGCACCACUGGCACCAGUGGCAGACGUACCAGGCGGAGUACGCAAAGUGGCAUGCCCAGUACGGCGAGCAGUACAAGCGUGAAAUGGCCGCAGCCGCGGCGGUGGCCACAACCACCGCCGUUCAAGGCGUACCCGCGCCCACGGUCGCAGCUCCUUCACCGGCUCCCGUUCCAGUGGUCAGUGCACCCGGUCCGCAGGCCUAUCCUGCCGCGCAGAACUAUUACCAAGGCGUCACCGCCUCACCGGCACCGCCAACGACACCCGUUGCCGGCGCGGGAGUGCCGCCAGUGCCCGGAAAGAUCACGGCCCAGCCGCAGAUGUACAACCAGCCGCCGCCGCCGCCACCACAAAAAAGCGGUUACAAUCAGCAUUCGAAUUCCAAUCAGAAUGACAACCAAGGCAUGUGGUCAGGGCCACCGCCCAUGCAUCAUCCGCCGCCGAAUAGAUAUAGUGGCGGUCAAAUGAACCAGAUGAACUACAACAAUGCCGGACCAGACAACAUGGGAUUUCCCAAUCUCCAGCAGCCGCCACCGUCUCUGCAGAGACCAAAUCCUCAGCAGCAGACGCAGUCGAACAACACGGACCAUGGCCAGUGGGGAAAUAACAAUCGCGGCAACAAUAAUCGUCCUCCCUGGGAUACCAGUGGUCCGCCGCCUGAUAUUUCCGGGCAACCAAAUCGCUGGGAUGGUCCGCCGCCGCCAAAUGAUGCCAACAAUCGCUGGAAUGCACCGUCAUUUAACAAUAACAACAAUGAUUGCAAUCGCCGUUGGGAUGGGACUUCUAAUCAAGCGCCGUCUGGCGGGGAUCAGCAACAGAAUCGUUGGAUGAGCGAACCACCGCCAAGCAUUCCGAAUCCCAAUCAGCAGAAUCAGAAUCACUGGUUGAGUGGACCACCACCGAGUAUUAGUGAUAGCAAAAGCAACCAGCCACAGAAUCCCCGCCAGAAUCGCUGGCAAGGCAUCAAUUCCGACAUCGACACACCGCCCAUGAGGACCAACAACCAGACAAACAACUUCCGCAAUAGCUGGGGAGAUGGAGGUGGCGAUGGCAACCAAAACCAAAACCAAAACAAGAAUCCAUUCAACAAGAACUCACAGUCUGAUUUUGGCCCAGAUCAGAACUCUGGCAAUAACAACAACUUUGGUCAGCGAACAGGAAACUAUGGCAACAGCUAUAAUAACCAAGAUCACAAUAGUGCGGGAGGAGGCAAUUUUGGCGGCGGAGGUGACGGCUUUGGAGACGGAAGCGGUGGCAACCAAGGCCAGGACAGCUUUGGUGGACGAGGAGGAGGACCCGGCAAUAAUAACAAUAAGAACAACUUUAAUAACAAUCGCCGCCAGAGCAAUCGUUGGGAUAACAAUCGCAACCAAGGAUUUUCCGAUGAGAGAGGCGGAGGCGGUGGCGAUUCUGGUCCAGGCGGCUAUAACCAAAAUCGUGGCAAUUUCAACCAGCGCAACAGCUUCAAUCAACAGAAUCAGUCAAAUCAGCAGAACCGCAACCAACAGCAAUCCUCCGAUCUGGACGAGGCCAGUUUCGAUCGCCUGUUCGACCAGUGGGAGCAGCAGUUCGAAGACUGGAAGCGCGCCAAUGCCAAUCAUCCGGAUCGCGACGAGUAUCGCCGCUACGAAGAGGAGUUCGAGAAGCAGCGACGUCGCAUCGCGGAGCGAAGAGAGCAGAUGCGCCGACGUCGCCAGCAGCAGAUGAGUGGCUCUGCUGGAUCGGGAUCAGGAUCAGGAGGCUCGACCACUGACAUGCCGAAGGAAGCAGCUGCCGGUGAUACCACGGUCGAGGAGCAGCAGCCCAAUGAGGAGCCAUUCGGUGGACAAGGCAAUUUCGCUGGACAGGGUCCUCGAACUGGACAUGGCUUUGGUGACCAGGGCGCCGGCUCGGGACCCAAUUUCGGACAGGGCAAUAGACAGUCCGGAAAACCGAGUCAUUUUGGCAAAGAGAAUCGCGCCUUCGAAAGCGCCGGUGUUCCGGCAUUCAGAGGCAACCGAGGACCGCCACCGGGAAUGCACAACCAGUACCAAACCGCCCAGCAGCCAGAGGAAUCCCAGGAAAGUCCAACUAAGUCGGCGACAUCAAAUGAUAAUUCACCUGAUGGAAAGACAGCAAUAACGCCAGCUCCUCCAGUAGCGCCACCGAUUGCAUCACUGCCUCUGCCCGAAGUCACACCAGCUCCAGCUGGACCAGUAGGGCCAGAUCCGCCAGAGGCUCCGUCCACGCAGCCUCCUUCGGUUACCUCCAAUCUCGGCAAGCGCCGGCAGUCCGCUGCUCCCACCCCAAUGCCCGCCAAGCAAGUCAAACCGGAGGAGCCCAUAUUCACCAUUUCCCUGGACGACGACGACGACGAGGAGGAGGAGGAGACACAGGCCGCACCAGACACGCCCAUGGGCAGCUUUUUUAAGAAAAACGAUGGCAUCCCCGGUCUGGAUUUGGUGGCCGAUGGCAAUGACAAGAAUAAUGCGUCCUCAGUCUUCGGGUUGGGGCUCAAGGACUCGGACGAAACAAAAGCCACUGAUGCCCCUGCAAAACCGGCAGAGAAGUCCGCAGUCGCCAAAAAGAGCAACGAAUCUCUAAGCAACGCCCUAAAGGAUCCGAAUUUCAUCAACAAUCUCUCCCAGGCGGUGGCCAAUGUGCAGGAGCGCGAGCAGCGCGAUCGCCAGGAGCAACAUGAGGAACAGGAAUCGGGAACGGAUGGACGUCCUCUCUCCUUCGCCGAGUGGCAGCGCAAGAAGAACAGCGGCAACGAAAGCAAGUCGCAGGAUUCGCGCGACUCGUUGAGUACCAGUAGCGGUGAGAGACCGGACAACAGCGGCCCACCUGGUGGUUUCGGUCCCGGACAUGGUCCAGGCGCAGUUCCGGGCAACAGAGCCGGUUCUCGUCCAAAUUCUGGACCUGGCUUUGGCCCUGGUCCGGGUCCAGGUCCAAACGAUGGAUCACGCUUUGAAGGCUUUGGACCGAAUCAAGUGCCUGGAAAUAACUUCAUCGACUUCGAUGGCAAUGGUCCACCUGGCUUUGGUCCACCGGGCAGAAACUUUGGACCCAACGGUCCAGGCUCACGUGGACCCAACUUUGGCCCCAACUUUGGCCCUGGCCCAGGCGGUCCGGGUGGCCCAUUCUUUGGACCAAAUGGACCGGGACCAGGUCCCCAUUUCGGACCAAACUUCAGACCCAAUGGCCCCAACUUUGGGCCAAACUUUGGGCCCAAUUUCGGGCCGGGUCCUGGUUCCCGCAACUACGGACCUCACGGACCUCGCGGACCCGAUGGUCCAUUCGGUCCAUUCGGUCCGCGGCGUGAUGACUUCGGCGGUCCGCCGUUUGGCGGUCCAGGACCCCACUUCGGACCCAACCAACCCGGUCCCCACAUGCGCGGUUUCAACGGUGGACCCAACAGUGAUAAUCCCUUCCGCCGGCAAGGCGGACCACCGGGUCCAGGUUUCGGCGACGAUGAUCUGGGCGCAGGACCACCAAGAGGACCCAGGAACUUCGGCAACCGCAACAGCUUUGGAAAUAAUGGCGGCGGCGGCGGCGGCGGCGGAGGGCCCAACCAUCGGAAGAACUGGAAUGACGGGCCGGAGCAGCAACAGCAGCAACAAUUCCCCGGCAACCGCAACCAAAAUGAACCCAUCUAUCGACCGAUGAAGGUAUUCGACUAUUCCAAUAACCCAACGGCCGCCAAGGUGAUCGAUUAUGGCCACAAGUCGGGUGAUGGCAAUCCCAUCGAUGGGCCUUCCGGCGGUCUAAGUGCCGCCGACAGAAUUCCAGAAUUUCGACCAGUGAAGACCUUCGAGUAUGGCCACUCCUCGUUCACGGGAUCGAAUCGCAAGGGAAUGCCAGGUGGAAUGGGAAUGGGCGAAAUGGAUGGAGAUCCCAAGCAAGCGAUGACAGGUGGCCCCAAUCGCGGAAUGGCAGCGGGACCAGGUGGAUUGGGAGGACCCGGUGGACCCGGUGGACCAGGAGGUCCGGGUAACAAGCGUAAGAAUAAGAAAAAAAACAAACAACAAAAGAAGGAGGAGCAAUUGAAGUUCAGUCAAAACCUACAGUUCCAAUCGAAUUCGGUUGAUGAACGUAGUUCCACAAAUCCUGAACAGGGUGACGAGCAGCGUAACCAGAAUGAAUUCCAAAACCAGAGCGAAUUUCCGGAUGAGGGCGAGGGUUUGCAGGAUAAUGAAGAACACAAUGAUCUCGAAGAUAUUUCCGAUGGUGAAGAUGCCCUGCAAACUAUUGAUUGCGAUGAUGACAACGAAGAGCUGCCACCGGCGCCAUCGAUGACCAGAUAUAAUGAGGGAAAUCAUAAUCAAAACCAGUAUAAUCUCUUCCCGGUUAAUCCGCUGGGUCACCAACAAGGAGAUGACGAUUUGGAUAAGUUGGCUCCACCGCCGCCGCCAACCAUGUCACUUUUCCCCUCGGCAGCCAAUGCCAAUGAGAAAAUUCCCGACCUAGUGACGGCUCCCAAUCUGGAGAUGUGCGUGCCGACCAAUGAGAAUCGCAAUACGAUCUCCGUGGACGAAGUGCUCUUGAAUCCUGGUCGCAUGACCCGUCCCAAGCGCAUCUGUAUCAUUUUGCGUGGCCCUCCUGGCUGCGGCAAAUCGCAUGUAGCCCGCCUUAUCAAGGAGAAGGAGCUGGAGAUGGGCGGUGCCAAUCCGCGCAUUCUCAGCAUUGAUGAUUACUUCAUCAUUGAGAACGACUACGAGGAGAAGUGCCCCAAAACGGGCAAGAAGAUACCCAAAAAAGAGAUAUUAUACGAAUAUGAUGACACCAUGGAGGAGACCUACAUGCAGUACCUAAUUAAGUCGUUCAAAAAGACACUUAGCGACAAUCUGUACGAUUUCAUAAUCGUGGAUUGCAACAACAAUUCCCUGCGCACUCUGAACGAAUUUUAUUGUCACGCCAAAGACUCGAAUUUUGUGCCGUACAUAGUGGACCUGCACUGCGAUCUAGAGACGUGCCUCGGUAGAAACUCUCACCAGCGCACCGAAAACGAGAUCCGUGUGGUGCUGGACAACUGGUGCAACACACCGCUGCAGUACAUCAAACUGGACGUGAGCUCGCUCCUUGAAAAUGUGGUCGAAAUGGAAGAUGUUGAGGACAUGGCUACGGACGAUAAUGCCUGCGCCGGCGAUGGGGCGACUGUGGGAACUUCAGCGGCAUACGAGGAUGCGGCUGUCGAGGAGACAGACGACAGCAAUAGCGCCGACGCCUCCAACGACUGCGGUUUCCUGAAAAGCAAAUGGGAACGCGACACCACCGAGGAUAAUCUAGCCCGCUUGGAUGGCACCAAGCGUCUGAUGCAGAACCGCAGGACCGCCAGCAUGGCCGACUAUCUCCAGCUGGAGGAUUGGGAACCACCCACAACCUCGGCCAAUGGCAAGAAGCGGGUGCGCUGGGCGGACAUCGAGGAGAAGCGCUCGCAGGAGAAGAUGCGAGCCAUUGGCUUUGUGGUGGGUCAGACCGACUGGAACCGCAUGAUGGAUCCCAAUGCGGGCAGUCGGGCACUGAAUAAAACCAAGUAUAUAGAGCGCAUCAAGCGUCGCUAGAAGUCAAUUACACGCACGCCACAAAUUACAAA